AUGGAGGUUUUUAGAAACGCAGUUGGUGAUCCUGUUUUCCAACCGCCAGUCAAUGACCAUGGGGACUCCGAAGCUAUCAGCCUGGUGUUUUUGAUCAGUUUGUCUGUGACAUUUGCCCUGCUGAUGGUGAUUUUGGUGAUAAUAGCCGUUUACGUGACGUUCUGCAGUGCAGAUGAGUCCGAAUACGAUGAAGAAGCCAGUGCUGCUGGGGUACCCAACAUUUUCCGCAAAAAACGCAGCGGCGUGUUGUUGGACGGGUCGUUUUUGGUACCGGGCAAGUUCGACGACGAACAGGAACUUGAGGAACAAGAAAAUCGGGAAUUUGAACACAUGUCAAGGUUCGAAAUCGAGCUGUAUACGCGAUGUAAAGAGUUCCAGAAGAUGUGUCCACCUAAUGUGCAUGAGUUUGGUACGUUUACGAACGCGAACGACAAACAAUUUAUACGUGACCGGGGCAUCCAGAGUUACUAUUUCUUACCCUCGAUCAACGACAACGUCGAUAAAUUCGGGAAUUUCUUGCCCAGCUUUGUUGUUCAAGAUAAACUUGACGUGUGUUUCACGAAACAUAAUAAGAGCUCUUCGACGAUCAUGAAUUAUCCUCUGCCUUACAACAAGAAAGACGCAGUAUAUUUCGAGGUCAAAGUUUUCAAAUUGCGCGCAAGACCCAAUUCUAUUUUCAGUUGUGGACUAGUAACGUGUCCGUAUCCGUACUUCAGGAUGCCUGGGAUGGCACAAUUCUCGAUUGCAUACGAAUCAACUGGCAAAUUGCGCAUAAAUAAUCCAUUCCACGCGAAUCGGUUACUCCCGAAACUUCAAGAGGGCGACGUGAUUGGAUUUGGUUACAAAUAUCGCACGGGAACCAUACUUAUAACCCAUAAUGGGAAAAAACUCAUGGAUCUGACGCAUAACGUAGGUAUUGAUAUGUUUGUCAGUCUUGGCGCAAUGAGCGCCGCGUAUACGAGGACUUAUACGCGUGAGGGGUUACUUGAGGACCCGGAAAACGUUUCUCUAAGGGAAGAGUUACUGGCUAGCGACCUGGAUGUAAACCUUCCCGCUCCUAUCAACGAGUUCCUCGAAGAAGUACACGACCCGAAAGAUACCGAGAUCGCUUCGGAUGAGAUAGAAUUGCAUGUCAACUUGGGGCAGCGCGGGUUUGUCUACGUCGAAGCUAACGUCAAGAAGUAUGCGUUUGGAAGUACUUUCGGCGAAAUAGGCGUUCCACCUGCUUACAAUGGCGACGACAUCAAGAAAGAUAUAAUUUUGCAAAAAGGAGAAGAGUUCCCACCGGAGUAUCCGAGCGAGGAAAUGGGGCUUAUGGGUCCACCGGUAGAAGCACGUGUAGGUCAGUCGACGAUGGUUGACAAUUACGAAAGAUCCUCGUCGGCCUUUGACAGAGACAACAACUUGUCGGAAGGCACUGAAGACACGCAGUUGCAAAAGGCGGGCCGUUCUAGGAAAAAGAAUAAGAAAGAGGCGACGUGCGAAAAAAUGAUGAGCGUCGCACAUAUAUAA